AUGCAGGUGUGCCCCAGGAUGCAGGUGUGCCAUGAGAGGAGUCUCCAGCAUCACACUGAUGAGGUGACCUGCUGCACCUUCUCCGCCUCCCUGCUGGCCACAGGUUCAGGAGACAAGAGCCUCAGGCUGUACGACACGUCGGACUUCUCCGAGCUCCCCUGCUCCCCACUCCGGGCUCACGGCUAUGGAGUCCGCAGCUGCUGCUUCACCCCCGCUGGGGAUUACCUGCUCAGCUGCUGCGUGGAUGGUUCCAUCCUGGUGUGGAGCUGCCGGUCCGGGGAGGUGGAUUCGGAGCUGCAACACCCGAACCGUAGUCCUCUCCGGGUGUGUGCACUGGCCCCCGACUCAUCCCUCCUGAUAGCAGGGGCCAGUGAUGGAACUGUGGCCCUUUGGGACUUUACCUCCAGAACAUUCCUCAGAUGUAACGAGGUGAGCGAGGCCAGUGUGUUGGCUUGUUGCUUCUCCCCCUGCAGUCACAUGGUGGCGACAGGUUGCUCCACGGGAGACCUGCGAAUUUGGGACAUUGACAACAACCUGCUGCACGCAGAGAAGAACGCCCACGACCUGGGGGUCACCUGCACCACCUUUGCACCCCACUCUGAAAUCGAGGACAGCCACGGUCAGGUGCGCCUGGCCUCUGGUGGACAGGACAGCCAGGUGAAGAUUUGGGUGGUCUCUCAGCACGAAGGACAUGCAUGUGUUGUGAAGCUUCUCCACACACUCUCCAGUCAGUGUGCUCCAGUUCUGUGCUGUGCCUUCUCCUCUGAUGGAAAGCUGGUAGUCGCAGGUUCAGUGGAUAAAAGUGUUGCAAUUUAUGAGACGGAGCAAGGAAUACUUCUACACACUUUAAAGCAACACAACGGGUACGUGACGACUGUAGCUGUGUCUCCCAGCAUGCCCUGGUUGGCCACAGGCUCCAUGGACAGAAGCGUCCAUGUGUGGAAGAUAGGAGAUGGACCCCACACAGCUGGUAAACACUACACACAUCUACACUAUGGUCUAGUGCAGUGUCAGGGUAAGCCGCAGGCCACGUUUUCCAGGCCUCCGCUGCCUGAAUGGUCCGAGGAGGACGUGCAGGCUUGGCUACGUGAGGAAAGCCUGGAAGAUCUUCUCCAGGUCUUCCAGGCCAACAAGACGGGCGGGGCGCAGCUGAGCCGACUAAGCAAGGAGACGAUGAUGGAGAUGGGAAUCGAGUCCGCCCGCCUCCGUGCUCGCCUCCUGGGGAGGGUGGAGGCCCUGAAGGUGGAGCAGAGCGCCCCCGACUGUCCCGAAGAGUUUGUGUGUCCCAUCAGCAGAGAGCUGAUGAAGGAUCCUGUCAUUGCUGCAGACGGGUUUUCCUAUGAGCGAGAGUCCAUGGAGAGCUGGUUGAGAGGAAAGAAAAGAAGCAGUCCCAUGACUAACCUGCUCCUGAAGACCACCCUGCUCACACCCAACAGAGCACUGAAGAUGGCCAUAAGUCGAUGGAAGCGUGCCCAACUCUGACACUCAUCAUAUAAGAAAUGAUCAUAGUGAAAUAAUAUUUAUUCAAGAAAAUUGUCAUGUGUACAGGGGAAGACUGCACAGACGUCGUUUAGCUCUAAAUGUAUUAAUAAAAACUAUAUAUAGACAAGGGAAUGCAGUGUGACUAAUCCAGAAUAUGUGUGGUGUGCGACUAUGUGUGGAAAAUGAACUGUAGUGCGUUACCAGUAGUGUUGAGCGAGAGGCGGAAGUCCAAAGAGGGGCAAGGCUGGCUCGGAGGUCAGUGAGCAGGCAGGAAGUCAGAUCAAUAGACAGGCGUCAAAGUCCGUGUCCAGGCGGGAGGUCGAGAUCCGAAAGGGGCAGCCAGAGAACCAGAGGGGAACACGGGGAGACGAGACACACAGCUCG